AUAUCAGAACUAUAACUUACACGUGACUCUUUCCCUUAUGAUGCAACUUUUGAGGCGUGGCUUAAACCAUUAACUUUUUAGGGGCGUAGCUGGAUGUAUGCAGAAAAAAGAAGAAGUGUACACUGCACUGUGUGAAACAAGAUGUCAGGCAUAAUAGCAGACAUUGAGGAAGUUUAUGCAGCUACUUCUGAUGCUCGCGGCAAGUGGCGCAACAUUCUAUUUUCUUUGGAGGUCACCACAGCUACAAUCAACAGCAUAGGUGUUGCAGGGAAAAACAAUCCUGAUAUCUGCUAUCGAGAAGGGUUAGUGGAGUGGUUGAAAGGUGGGCAGAGAAUCUGGAAAGAUGUGGUUGAGGCGUUGUCCACUCCUACUGUGGGUUAUGAAGGUAUUGCAAAGGCGAUAGAGAAAUUGCAUAUCCAGUCGGCGGCUGAUGAUACUGCUGACAAGACGUCCAUUGACAACCCACUUGAAGCUGCAUCACCAGAACAAUUAUUGGAGUCGGCAGUGGAGGAGCCAGAGCUGGACGCAGAGAUCACGAAAGACGUGUCAUCUACGGUGGAAAUGCCGUUGAGACCUCCACUCACCCUAAAAUGGAGAAAAGGAAAAAAGCAAACACCAAACAAGAUGUCUGGCCCUAUACAAAUUGUUCUCAUUGGUGAAGAUGUGUACAUUGGUGGAGGAUACACGGGUAUUUUCAACGAUAGUGACGACUCUACAGUAAUGAAGAUUGACGUCCAGCGAGAUCAAUGCUCCAAAUUACCAGAGUACACUGCAAAAUGGUUUGGUAUGACUACACUCGAAAGCAAACUCGUGGUGGCAGGAGGAUUCGAUACUAAAAGGCGUAAACCAACCAACGAGAUUGGUGUUUUCGACUCAGGAAAAUGGACGAAUCCAUACCCAGCUAUGCGCAGCACCCGUCAGACACCCACUGCGGUCUCAUUCAACAAUCAUAUCAUUGUUGCUGGUGGACGUGACGAUCAAGACAGGCGUAUUUCGUCUGUGGAAGUGUUAAACGUAGCAUCAAGAAGAUGGCACACUGCUCAGUCUAUACCUAGCCCACGAUCACGAAUGAAACCAGCUGUUAUCGGUAACGUCCUCUAUCUGACGGGAGGUGUGGAUCACAGCGGCUCUCCAGCCAAGACAGUGCACUAUGCCGACCUUGAUGAGCUUGUUGAGAAAGCAGUUUCCAGCCAGGAUGCACCCAGCAUUUGGCAAGCACUCAAAGAUACUCCACUCGAUUUUUCUGCUCCUCUUAAAGUCGGAAAGUCGCUACUGGCCAUUGGAGGACGUGAUGGCAUAAAUUCGAAGCCAGCUAUCUAUCUCUACUUGCCAGAAUCCAAGAAGUGGGUGCUUGCGGGAGACCUUCCUACUGCUCGAUACAGUGGUACGUCCUUAGCACUUCCAAAUGGAGAGAUCAUACUUGCUGGAGGCCAGACUGGUACCAGUACAUCGACAUACAUCAGUACCAUUAACUUUUUCUCCAUUACUAAAUCGUAUUAACUGAUUCGUGCACAAGAAAGCUUUGUCGUGUGCAUCAUGCUAGUUAGAUGGCAUAACCGUUUAGACAUAAAAAGACUUAUUUAAUAGAAAUCUAUGUUCUGUAAUAGUUGUCUGCCUAAAAUAAUGUUUACAGAUCUCA